AUGCGCUCCAAAAAACUCCGUGUCGCAGUGAUAGGCCCCAAAGGUCAAGCAGGAAGCUGUGUUGUCGACGAGCUCCUCACGCGAGGCCACGCCGUCGUCGGCGUCUCCCGCAACCCCCCAAAGCAAUGGAACCACGGCACCGGCGACGGAUCAUACACCUCGACCUCUGUCGACAUCUACACCGAGCAGAAGAAAGUCAUCGACAUCUUCUCGUCAGACUUUGACGCCAUCGUGUGCGCCUAUGGGCCCAGCUUGGCGAACCUGGAUACCGUAUACGAGGACGGCGUCGAGGCGCAUGGGAGGAUCAAGACUGCACUGUUGGCUUCGACGCACGAGGGCCCUUUUAUUAUUGUUGGUGGAGCGGGAUCUAUUCACGUCGCAAGCCGUCUUCAACUUACAGAUCAGAAGGACUUUGCGUAUAGCUGGUGGUGGGCAUGGCCCGACGAGCACCUCGACUAUAUGACCGCGCGAGGCCUGGACCACGGAAGCCGGUUCAUAAGCUUAGUUGCCGUCUUGAUGAAGUGGAGCAGAAGUCACAUCCAGCAACCGAGGUCCUACUCCUGGCUUCUGAGACCGGUCACGUAUCUAGUCCAACGCUGGCUCAAACGCUGCAUGACGGACAGGAAGACCAUCGCUCUAAUCACCAUGUGUCGGGUGGCCUUCACGAUGUGGAACGGCGUCACUGAGAAGUCGUGGACCUUCCUCUCACCUCCAGGUCUCUUGCGUGAUAAAGGUGUGCGGACUGGAGAGUACAAGAUCUUCAUCGACACGCCCGAGAACCCGGCGGCAGAGGCAGCGGAGAAUGGAAUCUAUAAUGAGGAUAUGGCGGUUGCCAUCGUUGAUGAGGUGGAGAAUAACAAGCUUGCGUUCAAGCAUUGGAGCUGUACGGGCCUUAUCGGGCUGCGUAAAUGGUAA